CGUGCCAUCGCCGCCGCCGCCGCCGCCAUGUUCCGGAGCCUGCUGGUGGCGGCGGCGCAGCGGCCCCAGGCCCCGGGCGGGCCCCCUCGGCCGGCGCCCCCCGCCGGCCCCGCCGCCGAGGCGCUGGAGGCGCAGUUCAGCUGCCCGAUCUGCCUGGAGGUCUUCCACCGCGCCGUCGGCAUCGCGGGAUGCGGGCACACGUUUUGCGGGGAGUGCCUGCAGCCCUGCCUCCAAGUGCCGUCCCCGCUCUGCCCGCUCUGCCGCAUGCCCUUUGACCCCAAGAAGGUGGAAAAAGCUUCCAGUGUGGAGAAACAGCUGUCGUCCUACAAAGCUCCCUGCAGAGGCUGCAGCAAGAAGGUGACCCUCGCAAAAAUGCGUUCUCAUGUCUCGUCCUGUGCGAAGGUGCAGGAGCAGAUGGCCAACUGCCCCAAGUUCGUUCCAGUUGUCCCCACGUCCCAGCCUAUUCCCAGCAAUAUUCCCAAUCGCUCGACAUUUGUGUGCCCGUACUGUGGGGCCCGGAACCUGGACCAGCAGGAGCUGGUGAAGCAUUGCAUGGAGAACCACCGCAACGACCCCAACAAAGUGGUGUGCCCAGUCUGCUCAGCCAUGCCCUGGGGUGACCCCAGCUACAAGAGCGCCAACUUCCUCCAGCACCUCCUCCACAGGCACAAGUUCUCCUACGACACCUUCGUGGACUAUAACAUCGAUGAGGAGGCAGCGUUGCAGGCUGCCCUGGCGCUGUCGCUCUCUGAGAACUGAGGGUGGCUGUGGAGCAUCGGUUCAGAUCCCCAUCACACCUGCAUCUCCUUUUGCACACUCGGCCUUCCUACCAGGGCGGCACGGAGCUCAUCAACCCCCCCCGGCACCCCUGGAGACCCGCUGCCGCCUCUCUUCCCUCUCUUCUCUGGGCAAAUACCACCUUGUUUAAGGAGGUGGAGUCUCUUCAGUGUUGCGCCGGACCGGUGAGCGAGCAGAGACGUCUGCUACUGGGAGAAGAGAGGAGUCGGCACCGAAGGGCUGGGAUCGUUCCUCGGUUAAGCAUUUCAUAUCCGUAUACGGAUUAUAUAUACCUGUAUCCAGAUCUAUUUAUUAUUAGAUGCUUUUUGGCACCGUCUGUCUUCACGCUCUCUGUUGCAAUUGAAUAGGUACGUGAAACUAUGAUGCGUUUUAGGCAGAAAUGCCCUAGUUUGAAACUGCAAUCACCCAUGUCCUUUUUGAAAAGGAAGAAAAUGGCACGGAGCAUCUUUUUUUAAACCCUACAAGGCUAUUUCCAGAGACGUCGGUCUGUCCCGUUCCCCGCGCUGCAGGCAGGAGCUGCCUCCUUUGUCUCCUACUGCGCAGGCCAGGCUGAAGCCCGGGGCGAGACGGCUGCCCUCGCAUGCCCUGUGAUGGCAGUGGGUUCGGAGGAGUCCGCGGGGAUGGUGCCUGGCGUCCAGUGAAACUCUCACCUUCCUCGUUUUGUACCGGCUCUUGUGAUACUGAGAUCUUGCAUUUUUCUACGUUGAUCGGCAUGAUGCCUUUUCCACGUUUUAUAGAGCGGGAACAGAAGCUGUUACUCUUCACACUGCAAUAUCCGUCACUGGGACAAGAGUAUUUUUAUGGAACAUUAUUAAGAAAGUAUAUUUUUUAAAAAAAGAACCCAAACAAACGAACAUGCUGUGGAUUUGAAAUCGGGUGGGAGGCAGGAGCCAGGCCCCGGGCCAGCGGGUGGGACUCUGGGGGGGGCUGUGGGGAGCGUGUGGGUGUCCUCGUCGGUUAUUUCUGGGCCGUUCCCUUCCCUUGUCAGCACGUUUCUCCGCAGCGGGUGGUGAGGGAGGAGAGGCAGGAGGCGCGGGUGCCGAGCGGCUCGCCCGGCUGCCUUUUCAAGGAGCAGCAGCACCGCUUGCGUUCUCCAAGAGCUGCUUGGCCGGCCGUGCUCUCUGAGCUGCUGGCCCUCUCCGGGACGCGUGGUCGGGCUCGGGAUGGCUUAACCCUUGCAGGCGGAGCUCCGUGGCAGGGCUGGAUGCGGCCGCGGGCGGGGAGCGGCGGGUUUCUGCCUGCGAGCGUGCGGUGAGGGAGCGGGGAGGUUCGUUGUGGCGUGCUGGCGCUCGGUGCCGAGCAGCUGGGUUGUGUCUGGGCUGUGGGUGUGCGGGAGGGGUGUCUGCCCGUGCAGGAUCCCAUCCCCGACGCUGAGCAUCCUGUCCCCUGAAAUAAGGGAUUGCACAUCCCUUUCCCAGGUCUCUCCCUGGGAUUAGGGCUCACCUGGGCAGAUGUUGAUCCGAGAGAUGCUCCAUAGCAUCCUGGUGAUCUCUCCCACCUGGUCCCCUUCCUCUCUGCCCUGCCUGUUGCUGGUGGAGUUUGCUGCUGGGCUGGGAGAGGGUGGAAGGGAGAUGUCCUCCUCCAGGCCUUGGGCAGGCUGCUGCCAGCCUCAGCACGGUGCCCCUGUGCAGCAGAAAUUGCAUCCCAUCUGAAGGGACGCUGCUGGUGCUGGGGGCGGGGAGCUUUGUGCUGGGACCCUGCCACCCUUUGGGGUCACAACAGCAGCAAGAUCAGGCCAAGGCUCACGGUGAGGAACGGCGAGGAGGUGGUGAUUCACGAUACCCGCAGACCUGCCGUGAUGCCUUCCAGCAAGGGUUUGCAGUGAAGAGGUGUGGGAGAGCAAUCUCUGCAUGUCCCUGCUCGGAGAAGCGCCCUGCCAUGGGUUAUCCAAGCCCCUGGCUCCAGCUGUGCUCUAGCAAUACUGUCUUGGUUUUUAACUUUUGAUUUAAAUAGUACUGGGUGUUUUCUGGGGGCUGCGAGCUCCCCUGUGCCGCCGGCAGCCCCACGAGGAGUGUGCAGAGACCAUCCGCUCCCCUGGCAGAGGACAAGAAAAGGGCUAGAGCUGCUUUGCUCCCCUCAACUUGAACCAGGCUAGAGAGGAGGGAGGGGGUCUUCUCAUACCAGCAUGGCGUUGCUACAUGGCCCUGGUGGGAUGGAGAGCACUGGCAUCUCCCAAAAGGAACCCAAGAGGGUUUCCCUGUCCCCUCCUCAGCUGGGACCCUCGGGUCCCGGCGCAGCCUCCAUCAGAGCUCACUUGCAGAGAGCUCCCUGCCUCUGGGACAGCACUAUUAACCUCUCUGUCUCCUUCCUUCCUCCUCCUCCUCCUCUUCCUUUUUGCCCCACAACGCCAGAGGAGGGGCAGCAACAGCUGCUUUUGUAAAGCACUUUAAGGCCCAGGGUGCGAGGGCGCAGGCAGGCGCUGCGCCGCACGGGCACCCCCUGCCUCUCCCCGCUUUGCACGGGGGCUGGGGUCCGGCUCUGCCCGCUGCCAGCCGGGCCGCGCCGGGGCUCCCACCGUGCCGCCGGCCGUGCUCCUCCGUGUGUUACCCGCGCCUUUUUGCAUAACUAGAACUUUUAAUGAGACCUACUGUUUUUUGAACAAAAUCAACAACGUAUUUGUAGCAAACCAUUUUUCUCAAUAAAGGCAGUUUCAUCCGCA